GCUGACUUUCCCAUAUCUCUACCCUUCGUUUGGUUUUAUUUUAUUUCACUUUUCAAACCCAAAGCCCAAUUUUGUUAAUGGACUAAUUCCCCAUAUAGAGAUUCCAUUUAUACACCGCUACCUAGAGUUGAAGUUGCACUAAAAAAGAGUAGGGAAGAGAUGGCUAAAAGAUGGCUUAGCAUAAUCCAGCCCCCUACUUAUGGCGACUCCAUAACAAUUUUAAGCAUAGAUGGUGGAGGGAUAAGAGGGAUUAUUCCUGCAACUAUACUCGCCUUCCUUGAGUCUCAGCUUCAGAAACUUGAUGGUGAAGAGAUGAGAAUAGCCGAUUACUUUGAUGUAAUUGCAGAAACGAGCACCAAAGGCCUUGUAACAGCCAUGCUCACUGCUCCGGGCGAUGACAACCGCCCUCUUUUCGCUGCGAAAGAUAUAACCUCCUUUUAUCUUGAACACUGUACCAAAAUCUUUCCUCAGAGGAGAGGACCUUUUGCCUCUUGCCUGAAGUUCCUAAACGCAGUGGUUGGGCCCAAAUACAAUGGAAAAUACCUCCAUGAUGUUGUCAAAAGGAAGUUGGGGGACAAGAGCAUAGCCGAAACUUUAACCAAUGCAGUGAUUCCAACUUUUGACAUUAGACGUUUGCAGCCCAUCAUAUUUUCCACCUACCAGGUAAAAUCUCACAAAUCCAAAAAUGCCGUGCUCUCAGAUAUUUGCAUUGGCACAUCUGCCGCUCCAACUUACCUUCCUGCCCACUAUUUCGAGACAAAAGGGUCAAAUGGGAAGCUGAAGAGCUACCACUUAGUUGAUGGUGGGGUAGCUGCCAAUAAUCCAGCCAUAGUUUAUUUUUUUCUUUUUUUACAAAGUGUUUUUGCACAAAACAUGUCAGGAAAGUUUACCUCAAUUUUAAGAAGGGAAUUUAACAGAAAAAGAUUCCUUGUGAUCUCUCUUGGCACUGGUUCACACAUAUCUUGUGAAAAGUAUAGUGCUCAUGAUGCAGCAAAGUGGCGGGUUUUAGGUUGGUUAUACAACAGGCCAUUAGUUGAUACCUUUCAACAGGCCAGUGCAGACAUGGUGGACAUCCAAAUGAGUGUUGUCUUUCAAGCCCUUUAUUCUGAACGUAGUUAUCUUCGAAUUCAGGAUGAUAAUUUGACAGGCACUACAUCCUCCGUUGACAUAGCAACCAAGGAGAACCUAGAAAAACUUGUACAAAUUGGUAAAGAUCUUCUCAAGAAAUCCGUUUCCAGAGUGAAUUUGGAGACUGGUCUAUUUGAGCCAGUGGAAAAUGAAGGCACCAAUGAGCAAGCCUUAAUUAGGUUUGCAAGGUUGCUAUCAAAAGAGAGGAGACUUCGGUGGCAGAGAACACGUCUCACACCAGUUUAAAUAAGUUUACCAAGAUAGUGCUAGAAUAAUGGAGAAGGAAUUCAUUAGUUUGUUUGUACUUUUCUUGGCCUUGAAAUCCAUUGAAAUCUUCUAGUACGUGUUUGAGUGAGAUGUGAUCAUAAAACAUGUAGACUCAACAAAAUAAAUAUCCUAGUUAGGGGCA